AUCUCCUUUUUGGCUUGCCCGCUGAAAGUGUUUCAAGGACUUUUUCUCGACUUCGAUCCUUCCUGGAACCCACUCAAGAUGGCUUCCGCAAGGUUUCGGCGCGCCUUCCAGUACCCAGAUGAUUCGGGAGAUGAUCAGUAUGCUCGCGAGGAGCUGGAUGAAGAAGAGCAAGAACGCGUAAUUCAAAACCUCAAAAGACUGAACAAUAGGCGAAACUCAGAAUAUAGCAUCAUCUUCACUACCGUUCCCAUUUUCUCCGCAGCCAUAUACAUGCCACUCGUGCUUUCCAGUUCAUCUACCAAUCCUGACCGGUGCUUGGCCCUCACGAGUAUGCUGUCUUUAUUGACAACCGCCUUCACCAUGAGGUAUUCACCACACUCGAAUGGCCACUCCCAAACUCAACAACCUCUUUCGCUCAUCAAUGCAGUGCUCUGCGUUCUAUUGGUGCUUAUUCAUUUUGCAUAUUUGCCCCGAGAAUCAUGGCUCAGCACCGAGCUGAUCACAUCCUUGAUGCCUGGAGCGAUGUUAGCAACUAUCUCGGUGGCACGCAGAAUUAUGUCGUCCGUUGACAUCAAGGGUCUUGAGACCCUUCGAUAUGAUUACAAAGGAGCCUAAAUUAUCUCGUCAUGUCUUUCUAUUCAAGACCUUGGGAUCUGCCAUUGACACUUACUACUCAUACCAUAUUACAUACCCUGACGGGGUUUGGAGAAGUGGACAAAGGUACUGAGUACUAAGAAGAGCACUGAAUCUAAAUGAAUUGAGUUAAGACCAUGGAGUUCAAUUUUCAGGUCAAACCAAGCCCUAGGUACAUUAUGGUUGAUGUUGAGGUUGAGGUUCGAUUUAAUCUCUCUCCCAUCCUUUCCUGCAUCACUUCCUUCGCUGUUUCACCCCUUCCUUGCAGGCACCAAUGGUUGAAUUUAGGAAUCUUACAUUCAAAUAUUCUCUCACCGUUGUACAAUCAUAGGUCAGAACUCCGGACACCUGAAU